GGUGUCUCACUUUCUCAGUGUUUGUACGGACUGGAGCGCAGCGCCGGCUGCUCGUCUGGCUGACUGGCUGCGUUGACGUCAGCGCCGUGAUGAUUUGCUAAGGCGAGAGAAGAAAGGAGUUAGUGCGUGUUGAGAGAGAGCGGGUCCUGCGAACUGAACUGACUAUGCUGUAGCGCCCCGAUCCCCGCUUCACCAGCCGGAGUCCACACGCACACACGGGCGCAACUUGGAGGGUUUCAUCUUGUUUACAAAGAUAGCUAAAAACACUGCGGAGCGGGGAAGGCGAGCCUCAUGAGUCGGCCUCGUGGACUGCAUCGACAAAAUGGAUUUAACUAAGAUGGGUGUGAUCCAGCUCCAGAACCCCAACCACCCCACUGCCCUGCUGCAGAAGGCCAACCAGAUGCGUCUGGCCGGGACCCUGUGCGACGUGGUCAUCAUGGUAGACACUCAGGAGUUCCACGCUCACCGGACCGUGCUCGCCUGCACCAGCAAAAUGUUCGAGAUCCUCUUCCACCGCAACAGCCAGCAUUACACCCUGGACUUUCUUUCACCAAAGACUUUUCAGCAGAUUUUGGAGUAUGCUUACACUGCCACGCUACAGGCCAAGGUGGAGGACCUGGACGACCUCCUGUAUGCAGCCGAGAUCCUGGAGAUCGAGUAUUUGGAGGAGCAAUGUCUCAAGAUCCUGGAAACCAUCCAGUCCUCGGACGAGAACGACGUCGAGGUAAAUGCUAAUGACGGAAGCACAGAGGAGGAUGAAGAGCGCAAAGGCCACAACGGAGCCAAGAACUCUAAACAACAUUCCAUGGUGAAUCCCUAUCUGACAGCUUCCCAGCAAGUCUCCCUGUCUGGGAUGGUGGACCAGAGUCCCUCGGUGUCCACCUCCUUCAGCGUCUCCAGCCUGAGUCCCACCAAAGCUGCUGUGGACAGCCUGAUGAGCAUCGGCCAGUCUCUGCUCCAGCAGGGCUUUUCUGCCGAACAACUUGUCCAUGCCAACGCCCACCACCUGAUGACUGAGAUCAAGACUGAGAUGAUGCAAGUGGACAUGGGUGGCAAUGGCCACGACAGCCAUCUGAACAUGGAGUCCAGCGCCUCCAGCAAUGGAGAGCGAAGCGGCGAGGACAGGAACCGAGACGGUCCCGGCACACCGACCAGGAGCAGCGUGAUCACCAGCGCCCGUGAGCUGCACUACGUCCGCGAUGACGGCAUGGGCGACCACCAUGCUGAAGUCAGUCAGAUGGGGUUGGAGGCGAUGGCUGGAAUGACGGAGAAACACCUGGCCUCGCUGUACGCCCUACCUGUCAAUCACAAAUCAGAUGCCAUGAUGUCCAUGCCGGCGUCCAUGGCCUCCGCUCUCCCCAUGUCCCCGGCCCUGGCUAUGUCUAUGGACUUCAGUGCCUACGGGGCCCUCCUGCCUCAGAGCUUCAUCCAGAGAGAAUUCUUCAGCAAGCUCGGGGAGCUGGCGGUGGGCCUGAAACCAGACGGCAGGAACCAGCACGAACGCUGCAAUGUUUGCGGUGUAGAGCUGCCAGACAACGACUCCGUGGAGCAGCACAGGAAGAUGCACAGUGGAAUGAAGACCUACGGCUGUGAGCUGUGUGGGAAGAGCUUCCUCGACAGCCUCCGUCUACGGAUGCAUUUGCUGUCUCACUCAGCUGGUGAGAAGGCCAUCGUUUGUGACCAGUGUGGCGCCCAGUUCCAGACAGAGGAAUCCCUGGAGGCUCACCGAAAGAUCCACACCGGGUCAGACAUGGCCAUCUUCUGCCUGCUCUGCGGGAAGCGUUUCCAGACCCAGCCAGCGUUGCAGCAGCACAUGGAAGUCCACGCCGGCGUUCGCAGCUACAUUUGCAGCGAGUGCAACCGGACUUUCCCCAGCCAUACUGCACUCAAACGUCACCUCCGCUCACACACAGCGGGGGACCACCCAUAUGAAUGCGAGUUCUGCGGGAGCUGCUUCCGAGACGAGAGCACGCUGAAGGGUCACAAACGCAUCCACACCGGGGAGAAGCCCUAUGAAUGUAAUGGCUGCGGGAAGAAGUUCAGCCUCAAGCACCAGCUGGAAACCCACUACCGCGUGCACACAGGUGAGAAGCCAUUUGAGUGCAAGCUGUGCCACCAGCGAUCCAGGGACUACUCGGCCAUGAUCAAGCACCUGCGCACCCACAAUGGCGCCUCGCCCUACCAAUGCACCAUCUGCCUGGAGUACUGCGCCAGCCUGUCAGCCAUGCAGAAGCACAUGAAAGGCCACAAGCCUGAAGACGUCCCCCCAGACUGGCGCAUAGAGAAGACCUACCUUUACCUCUGCUAUGUCUGAGUCCGGGAGAGUGAAGAGAGAUAGGGUACGUGAGCGGGUGGGGACGGGGUGGAGAGGAGAGGAGGAGAGGAGAGGGGAAUGUAAUUGAGCGGAGAGGAGGCAUUUGGAGCUGUGGCGGAGUGUUGACAGCUGAGGAACGUCAGCGGCGAGAGACUUGAAAGCAAGAGGGUUCGAUUUCUCUUUUUUCUUUUCAUGCAAAAGGGCGGCGGCAGCGACCGGCCGGGUGGGGGGGGUUGAAGGGCGGUUGCGGCGGGACACAGGUGCUGAGAAGAGGAAGACUUGGACACGGAGAGAGGUUCUCCACCAUUGUUCGGAUUCACCGGGUCAUUCACUACAUCGGCAACUGUGUUAUUGUUUCGGGUCAUUUCACACAGCACCAGAAAGCAAGCGAGCUGCAAGGAAGUGACUUCUUGGGACGCGGCUGCAGCCACAGUGGCGAGGAAGCCGAUUCUCAAGGGCUACCUGAACCUGCACGUCAUCGCCACCGGGAACUGAAUCUCUCACUCCAUUUCUUUAGUCCAAAACAGAUGAAAGGAUUUUUGUUGUGUUUACCGUCACGCUUCACAUGAAAGAAUAUGUAAAGCAUCAGAUUAGGCCUCCGCUUCAUCAUCGGCGUUUCCUCCUUCUUUACCACAAACCUACAUUUCUAAAAUCAAACGCCAAAUUCAUUCUGAAUUCUGGACGGAAACAUAUUUUCCAUUUUCAUUUGAGUUUUAAAACCACCGUACACUCCGGUGGGAGUUUUUCCUGCUUUUGGGUGAACAUGCCCCCUAAUCUUUCCCAAAUGGGAAACAGAUCAGUUUUGUUUAAGCAGCGGGACGCAGUUUUUACCCAAAAAAUCUCUGUCGCCCCGGCCUGCACAUUAAAUCCCUCAGUUCCCGGCAGCGGUGGCAGCGAGACAGCCCUUGAGAAUCGGCAAGAAGAGCCGCUCGGCUUCUGCAGCAGACGAAACAGCUGAAGUGGACAGGUGGGAGCAUUAAAAUACUGCAAACCAAGCAGCCAUUUGGUUGUUAGGGUGGUGGUGGUGGUGGUGACGGGGGAAGCUGGUGCUGCCUUUGGUCGGAUGCCUCCCUGGUUUUUUCUCACUAGUCUUCCUGGUUGUGCAUCAGACGAGGGCUGGAGGAGGAAGGGUCAUCACUGGCGGCCCCACCCAACCACCCACCCCCCCACUCCGAGCCGAAGGCUAACUUGCGUCACUUUUCUUUCAUCAUAUAUAUAUUUUUUUUUUCUAGCUCCGCGUCAUAGUUUAUCAAAGCUUGAAUGCACAGAUAAAACAAAUGACGACAACAGUCUCUGUUUGAUGUCUGCGAGGUCGUAUAUCCUCUCAUUAAAACCAUAACUCGCUACGGCAGCACGCCACAAUACACCCAACCUACUCGCCUACUCAGCAAUAGAAAACUGGACUGCGUUUAUCCAUGUGCAUUGUAACCACAUCACUAUCAUAAUCUCACACUACACAACAACACUCUCUAACACAGCGGAUCUGUCCAUUCACCACCACUGUGAUGGAAAACAACCUUUUGGGAUAAGGCUGCUUAUUUUUCUUUCUUUUUUUUUUUUCCGUGGGAGUCCUGUGACUUUGACUGCUCGUAGUGAAUGUUGAAGAGGUGCUGGGAUGCCUUAGCUGCACACCUGAACAGCUCGGUGGACGGCGGUGUUGCAGGAUGAAGACUGUUAUAUGGCUGCAAAAAAAACAUGAAUGUGAAAAGACUGUGAGCCCGGGUUCGGACAAAGGCUGCGUCGAAAUGUUACCGUCGCAGGUUAAUGCUGCAUUUUAGGUCAAUGUCGGCCAUCUUUGAUUCCAACGGCGGAAGAUUUUCUCCAUCCGCCAUCGAAACGGCUCAAACAUCGGCCAACUCGCUGGUGUUUGGUCUUCAAAUUUAAACUUACAAUGAGGCAAGGCUGUAUUUACCAAUCCAGUAUCAAGUAGUUAAAUUACAGAACCCCGGCCAACCAGGGAUUCGAACCUUCUCACCUUAAGAUCAUUCAAUUCAAACUUAACUCUACAACGAGACAAGGAUUUAUUUUUCAAACUACCUGAUCCGGCCUCAGAAACCUCAGAAAAGGCUGCGCUUUAUUUUGUAGUUAUGUUACAGAUAUGAUGUCUAAAUGGUUUAUAAUCUCAAGUAAGUUUGCACUGAAGAAAUCACCAUCAGGGCUUUAAGCAAAUCGAAAGAAUGAAAGAUGGAGGGUUAGUCAAGACCCUCAGGAUAAUAUAAAAAAACUGUAUUGUUACAAUAACCUUUAAAGUCUCAGACCGAAAUUCAAAUCUUCUCGCACUUGACGUUUGAAUUUCAGACUUUCUGACGUCCCUGAAACGCAGCAUUAGUCCUCUCAUGGUAAACACAGCCACAGGUAUUAAGGUCGAACCGAAGGCUUUGAUGAACGUCACUGCAUGUCACAGCGUUACCGCGGUGACCGCUGGUCUGAGGAAAAAAAAGAAAUCACUGAUUGGACGAGAUACGGCCCAGCAGCUUAGGGGGCCGACCAGUAAGACGACAGAAUAAAUCUGCUCUCUCUCUCUUUCUGUGGUUUUUUUCGUCCCUGCGCUUUGUCUCUCGUCUCCUGUCGUUUGUUGUCGUUAUUGUUGACCUUGAGUUUGAUCUCAACACAUCGUACUUGAAUUACCUCGUUUUUUUUUGUGACCUCAUGUUGCUUGUGUAUUUUUUUUUUAUUUUUCCCUUUUUUUGUUUUUGGUUUCAUUUGUACUUUUAUUUUCUUCUCGUUCAUGAGCGUACGUCGGAAAGAUGCGUUGCACAACAUGAUGAAGCAAUGGAGACGAUGAAAAAAAAAAAAUUUAAGUGCCACGGUGAAGAGAUUUGUUUAUCUAAUGUUGUGUAUUUCUUUGUGCAUUAGUUGUUACCAAACUUGGUAUUAUUAUUAACCCUGCUUGUUAAAGAGCCGGAAGGUUUGGUCAUUUGUUAUAAAAGCUACCUCUAAGUUGUUUUAUUUUCCUUUUAUUUUGGCAAAAGCACAUAUUUGUGUGUUUGUGUGUUUUGCGUUAUUUCAUCAUUGCUACUUCAUCUCAUGCUCUUUUUUUUUGAUUUAUGAUUGUGUUUUUGAGCAAAAUGUAUAUAAAAGGGUAAGAAAUAACAAAAGUAGAGAUUGAUAGGAUGUGAAAAAUCAUUCAAACGGAUGUUUAUUCUUCUCUUAUAGUCCCCCCACCCCCCACCCCACCCCCCAACUCCAACUCCAACCAGAGAAGCGCAGAGAAAAAAACUAAACAAAAGCAAUUCUGAAGCCUUAAGUGAUGAGUCGGAGGGACGCAGCAGACGAGAGGAAUUUUCUUUUCAAGAGGGUUUAAAGUGGAGAAUUUAAACUUGAAAAUAUGUUAAUAGAAUUGUAGUUUUGUAAUGUGAAGAAAAAAAAAAAGAGAAAAGAGGGUUCACGGAAAAAUAUGGCGGAACCUCCCGGGACGGGUGAUAUUUGCAGCGAUGCAGCGUGCGUUGGACAAUUGGAACUGCAAGCGGUAAUCAAAACAAAAACAAAAAAAUAACAAAAGAAAAGAAAAAACCCCCCCGAGGGUUAAAAAUAGAGAUUCUCUCGAGUGUAUUCCUGAACAAGAGCCAACAGAGGCAAUUUGAUAUAUAAAAAUUGUGAUAUUUUUGUAUCGUCAGUCCUUUUUCCAUUUGUGGAGGGUCACAGCAGGGCACAAAUAUUUGUAUUUCCUUUUUUUUACCUGUUUUAUUUUUUUUCUUCUCUCUCUCUCUCUGGGUGUGAAUCAUUUUUGCCUUGCUCCUCUUUGAUAUUGUUGGACAAAAAAACCGUGUGUGUGAAACAUAUUGUAAUAAUAAGUGUUGCUUUCUGGAUGUCAAUUGCAUUGUAGGUGAAGGACUCAAAUCUAUCUGCCACAACUUUUACGAGUGUGUGUGUGUGUAUGUGACGGAGUUUGAAAAAACAAAAAAACAACAAAAAAAAAGGUUGAUAAAAUACGGCGACGGCGGGGGGGAGGGUGGGGCGCUGCCAAAACCGACCAAUUAGUACUUGUCAUUCACAAUUUUUCAAUCAAACUUGACUGUCGACAUAUUUUUGUUUUUGUACUUGAAAAAAAAAUGAAAAAAGAAGAAGGGAUGGCAUGUCCCGUUUGGUGUCUUGCCAUUUUAUUCUCAAACACUGUGAGCAGAGGGGGCUUUUUUCACCCUCCUUAAAAAUAUCCACCCACUAUAAUAUACCCAGUCACGGCUCAGUCUGAAACCACCACAAUGCAAAACCUGUGCAGUCACGUUAUUCCCAUCAUCGUCCUCUGAAUGUUUUCUACUUUUCUCUCGUGCGGGUGAACGAGUGCGUAAACGACUGUGUUACUAUGUGCGUGCGUGCCUGAGUGUGUGUCUGUGUGUAUGUGUGAGUGUGUGUAUUAGUGGAAAAAUGCACUAAUCAGAUCAGAUACAAAAUAAGAGGAUAUUCUAUGCCACUUUUUUCUCUAUGUUGGAAAAAAAUAUAUAUAUACAUUGGCAUCGAUAUAGUUCUUCCCUCAGUGUUCCUCCGAUGUUUCUGUACUAUCUUUGUGCCUAAAAAUGGAAAUUGUUCAACAAAAAUAUCCAUCUAUAUCUGCUUAGUUUUCUGUAUUUUCAGAAGAAAAUAAAAAUGGUGUCUCCAGCACCCUAGGGAUGUCAUGACACUCGAAAAUGACCCGAUUUGGGGGUUUUUUUGUUUUUGUUUUUUAAAAUCCUGAAUAGAGCAGGGCUUCUUUUUCAAGGACUGCAAUAAACCCCUUAAUGCUACUGAAAUAGCAACUGGAAUUUUUGCAUUCACUUCUUCUUCCUCCUCUGGGUCUGUGAUUGGCGCACAAAAGCAUUUGUUUAGCGAACACAAAGCAAAAAGCAUGCAAAGACAAAAUGUGCUGGAACGCAGACGAGCAAAUCUGCUCCACGCACAUCGUAUGUUUUUUUUUUAUUUUACAGCAACAGGUUUGCUAAUGAGAACUUUAUAUCGCUCUUGAAAAAAAAAAAUAGCAGAGGCCUCCAUUUGGGUAGGUUGGCACUGGGGUAUUCCCCCCUCCCCCUUCUGCGUUACUUCAGUUUUUUCGCCUUUUGAAAGUACUUUUUCUUUUUCUACAAAAUGCAUUUAAGAAGGGGAUGUGAAAUUCGUCAGAGAGGAAUCAUGGCAUCCCUGGAGCUGGCCCUCUGUGUUUUGGUGUGGUGUUUCUAGAACAAAGUAGCCAUUUCAUGCAGUGUUGCAAUGCAUGUGCCAUCAAGGUCUAGACUAAAAACUGUUUGAGUAACAAAGCACCAAGACAUUGUAUUUUUUUAUAUUAGCACUGAGGACCAAUCGCCCUGUCGGACCAAGCAUAACUAAGCUUUUUGUGUAACGAAGCUUUUUUCUCUCGUCGUCUUUCCCUGGCUUGUCUGUGCUACUUCUCUCCUCCAUUGUUGUGACAGCACAAGUGCCAGUCGAGUUGCUCUGUAUUAAGAAAAUAGUGUUUUUAUUAUGAUUUGAAUUGUUAUAGUUUUUGUCUACCUCAGCACCUAAUCUUAGCCUAAUCUUAGAAGGUGCCCAAUUAUUAUUUUUUAUUUUCUUUAUUUUGUUCUCUCUAUUGUUGUAUGGUUGUAUGAUUCUUUUUUUGUUUUUUGAAAAUUUGCAUUAGAGCUUUGCAAAGGUCCUUUGUCUUUUCCAGCGACAAUGUGCUAUUUUUUUUUUUUCCCGUGGCCGUGCGUUUCCUGUUGAGCUGUGCCACCAAUCUAUAGCCACCGUCUGUUGAUAUAGAGGUUGUUCUUUUUUGUUUUCUUUCCAUGUAGAAUCGGACACAUCUCUUUGUAACAUUUCAGUGUUCUCUGAUGGAGUGUGAAAAAAAAUAAAAAGGAAAAAUAAAAGAUUGAAUGCUG